UUUGCACUCUCCUGAAUGUUUGCCCUAAAUAUAUUAAAAAAGAACAAUAAAAAUAAAGUGAAAAUAUUAAAAUGUGUUAAAAUGUGUCUCUGAUUUUCUUUCCCCACUAUCUUGUUACCCUAAUAUCUGUUGUCAGAGCAGUAAACAAGAGUUUCUGAAAGUUCUUUUUUUUACUAGUAGGGGCCAGGUGAAGAACUUCUCCAGCCAUUUUUUUUCUUCUUGCCAAUUAUGCUGGCUUGUGUCACGUGGCUUUGCACGUAACUCACAACCACGCCCAGCCUAUAAAAACGCUACUUCCUGCCUGGUUUCAGGAGGAGCGCAGCCUCAUGGAAGUCGGUAGUAGUUCAUGUAGUUUGAGAGACACAUUAUUUUAAUGUGAAACGUAUUCUUUGUCGUUUAGCAAAAGCAAUAAAGUAGCAAAAGUGCUUCAGGUCUAAAAGAAAGUAGAAUGUUCCCGCCUAAUUUUGCUUGGGGAGCCGCAACGGCGGCAUAUCAAAUAGAAGGUGGAUGGCAGGCAGAUGAGAAGGGACUCAGUAUCUGGGACACCUUUUGCCACGAGAAAGGCAGAGUGUUUGGAGAGCAGAAUGGAGAUGUGGCCUGUAACAGCUAUGAGCUGUGGGAGAAAGACCUGGCCUGCAUUCGGCAGCUUGGACUGAGCCACUAUCGCCUGUCUCUGUCCUGGGCCCGCAUCCUGCCUGACGGGACCACGAAGCACGUCAAUCUAAAAGGUGUGGAGUACUACAACAAAGUGAUUGACGAUUUGCUGGCCUCUAACGUCUCCCCCAUGGUCACUCUGUACCACUUUGACCUGCCGCAAGCUCUCCAAGACAAGGGCGGCUGGUUAUCACCCAGCAUAGCUACUUUAUUUGACAACUACGCAAAGUUUUGUUUCCAAACUUUUGGAGAUCGAGUCAAACUUUGGAUCACAAUCAACGAGCCGUAUGUGUGUGCCAAACUGGGCCACGAAGACGGCAUCCACGCCCCAGGGUUAAAGGAAAAAGGCACCGCCGCUUACGUGGUGGGGCACAACAUGCUCCGUGCUCAUGCCAUGGCGUGGCACAGCUACAAUUUGGGGUACAGAGCGAAGCAGGGAGGCGGUGUGUCGCUGGCGCUCAACAGCGACUGGUUCGAGCCACUGGACGGAGGCAGCAGUGAGGAUGUUGCCGCCGCCGAGCGUGCGCUCGCAUUCACACUGGGAUGGUUUGCUUGGCCUGUAUUUGUUACCGGAGAUUAUCCAGAGAGGAUGAGAUGUGCCAUCGACGCACAGAGCUCCAGAUUGGGAUAUGCCGGUACAUCAAGGCUGCCAAAGUUCUCAGAGGAUGACCCUGCUGUUUUGGGAACAGCAGAUUUCUUUGCGCUGAACUACUAUACGUCCCGCAAAGUCAAAGCAGGGGGAGGUGGAGAGCAGACGCUCAGCAUGAAGUGUGACCGAGAUGCAGAAGAUGUUUUAGACCCUUCCUGGCCUGUUUGUGGGGUUUCCUGGCUGGCUGUUGUUCCACAUGGCUUAAGAAAACUUCUUCAAUACAUCAAGGACACCUUCAGCAACCCCCCAGUCUACAUCACAGAGAACGGCUUUGCUCAGGCCGGGCCGCUGCAGAUCGAGGACGUUCAGCGCUGCGAGUUUUACAAGAGCACCAUCUCGGAAGUGGCCAAAGCCAUAAAUGAAGACGGGGUCAACGUCUGUGGAUAUUUUGCCUGGUCACUGAUGGACAACUUUGAAUGGGCUGAUGGCUUCAGUGUUCGUUUUGGACUUUUCCACGUGGACUUCUCCGAUGCAAAAUUGAGUCGAACCAUGUACAGAUCGGGAAGGGAAUAUGCCCGCACUAUUUCAGCUCACAGAUCUGGGAAAUGAACAUGAGAGUAAAAGACAAAGGAGAUUUAUUAUGGAAGUAUAUGGUUUUAUACUAACUUUACAAAACCUGACACUGUUUGGAAUGUUUUUGUGAUGGACAAAUGGAUGGAUGGCGAAACAAAAACCUAAUAAACAUUGCAUUUAUGGAUGGAUGGACAAAUGGACGGAUGGAUGGAUGGAUGGAUGGCAGGCAAAGUAAAACCUAAUAAACGUUGGUUGGACAGAUGGAUGGAUGGAUGGUGGAGUAAAAAUCUAAUAAACAUCGGAUGGACGGAUGGAUGGAUGGAUGGGAAAGUAAAAACAUUGCAAAACAUUAGAUGGAUGGAUAGAUGGAUGGA